AUGUACUGCAACGAAAGCAUUCAACAAAGAAGCAAGAAUAUAAUAGUAAUGAAGUCAACGUUUAAAUCAGAAUAUCCUUUUGAAAAGAGGAAAGCAGAAUCAGAAAGGAUCUCAGAGAAGUUCCAAAAUCGAAUCCCUGUUAUCUGCGAAAAGGCAGAGAAAUCAGAUAUCCAAGAAAUUGAUAAGCGUAAGUAUUUAGUACCAGCAGACUUGACGGUAGGUCAGUUUGUCUACGUCAUUAGGAAAAGAAUCCUAUUACCACCAGAAAAGGCGAUUUUCAUCUUUGUGAAUGAUACUUUACCUCCAACGGCCGCAUUAAUGUCUGCAGUUUAUCAAGAGCACAAGGAUAGAGAUGGGUUCCUUUAUGUGACGUACUCAGGCGAAAAUACCUUCGGUUCUUAUGCUUAA